AUGUCUUCGGCAGAGAAGCGCGACCAGUUCCUCGCCGUCUGGCCCGCGCUGGCGGACGAGCUUGUGCAGUACAUGGAGGGCGAGAAGAUGCCCAAGGAGGCGGUCGACUGGUUCAGGCGGAGUCUCGACUACAACACGCCUGGAGGCAAGCUCAACCGCGGUAUCUCCGUCGUCGACACUGUCCAGAUUCUCAAGGGCUCGGAGCUUUCGGCGGACGAGUACAAGCGUGCUGCGAUUCUCGGAUGGUGCAUUGAGCUGCUUCAAGCGUACUUCCUCGUUGCGGACGACAUGAUGGACCAGAGCAUCACUCGCCGCGGCCAGCCGUGCUGGUACCGUGUCGAGAAUGUCGGCAACAUCGCUAUCAACGAUGCGUUCAUGCUCGAGGCGGCGAUCUACUACCUCUUGAAGAAGCACUUCCGUCAGGAGAAGUACUACGUCGACUUGCUGGAGAUCUUCCACGAGGUCACCUUCCAAACCGAGCUCGGCCAGCUCAUCGACCUCAUUACCGCCCCUGAAGACGUUGUCGACCUCAGCAAAUUCUCGCUCGAGAAGCACCACCUCAUCGUCGUCUACAAGACAGCCUACUACUCCUUCUACCUCCCUGUCGCCCUCGCCCUGCACAUGGCGGGCGUCUCCUCUCCCUCCGCCUACCAAAAGGCGCUCGACAUCCUCAUCCCGAUGGGCGAGUACUUCCAAGUCCAGGACGACUACCUCGAUUGCUACGGCACUCCGGAGCAAAUUGGCAAGAUUGGGACGGACAUCUUGGAUAACAAGUGCAGCUGGCUCAUCAACAAGGCGCUGCAGAAGGCGUCGCCCGAGCAGCGCAAGGUCCUCGAUGACAACUACGGCGUCAAGUCGUCCGAGUCCGAGGCGCGCGUCAAGGCCGUCUUCAAGGAACUCGAGCUCGCGCGCGAGUUUGAGCAGUACGAAGCCGACUCGUACAGGCGCAUCAACGCGCUCAUCGAGGAGAUCCCCGCCGAGGGCUCGCAGGACGGGCUCAAGCGCGAGGUGUUCCAGUCGUUCCUUGCCAAGGUCUACAAGCGCCAGAAGUGA